AUGCAUCUCCCCAGCCUCAAAGCCACCUGCAUGGCUCUCCUGACUGCCUCCACCACCACCGCCACCACCACCACCACAUAUCCUCAGCAGCUGCCCUUCCUGCCACCCCCGACCCCCUCAGCAAAACCGACGCUCAGCAAGCCUCUCCAGGUCGCAAUCAUCGGCGGGGGACCCGCAGGCACGUCUGCAGGAUUCUUCAUCUCCAGAUUCGCCAACGCGUCCGGAAAUGCGGUCCAAGUACAUCUCUUCGAACGAUCAGACUAUCUCGGCGGGCGGAGCAACAUCAUCCACCCAUUCGACUCCUCCGAAUAUCCCCCCGUCGAAGCCGGCGCCAGCAUCUUUGUCGCCGCCAACAAACAUCUCCACCAGGCCGUCCGCCAGUUCAAUCUCACCCUCGAACCCUUCUCGACAGACGGCCAAGGCCAGGACUACGCGAUAUGGGACGGCACCGAGUUCGCCUUCGAAAGCAGCGGCAAGUCCUGGUGGGACACCAUCAAACUGUUCUGGCGCUACGGGCGGGCUCCCUUGCAAUUCAACGCGCUCCAAAAACGGACGAUCGAUCAGUUCCAAACACUCUACUCAGACCAAUUCGUCUCCCGCGGUCCGUUUGCAGAUCUCAAGCAAUGGGCCGUCGCCAGUGGCUUCGACCAUCUACUCUCGACCACCGGCAGCGACUAUCUGAUCAACGAGGAGGGCGUGAAUGUCCAGGCUGUUAACGAGCUCGCUGCGAUCAUGGCUCGGACGAACUACGGCCAAGAUAUAUGCGUGAUGCAUGGCUUUGGGGCCAUGGUCAGCAUGGCCGGCGUCGACGGCACGAGCGUCCGAGGUGGCAACCGCCAGAUCUUCCAGCAGUUCGCCAAGCAGAGUGGCGCCCAAGUUCAUUUCGAUCACCAGAUAACAGCCAUCACCGAGCUGGAAGUGAGCGAGCAGGGCAGGCCCCAAUACGUGCUAUCCUAUCACAACCACCAGUCGGACCGGCUUCGAUCGCGCAAGACCAGUAGUAGUGGCGAUUCCCAGCCGUUCGAUGCCGUCAUCAUGGCCGCUCCCUACGACCAGGCCGCAGUCACCGUGCUCACCUCCGAGCCUCCAGUCCAAGUCCCCCGCCAAACGUUCGUCCAUCUUCACGUCACCUUCAUCGUCACCAAUGCCACCGCUCCCUCCGGCGAACUCUUCAACAGGCCGGCCGACGAAUUCAUGGCCCGGUCGAUCUACUCGACCAUGAUGAGGAACGUCAUCGGCAAAGGCAGACGGCCGCUCUUCAACAGUCUCAACUACCUGCGAAACCUCGGCCCGAAGGAGGGCGUGAUCGGGGACAUGUACAUCGUCAAAAUGUUUUCUGAGGCACCCCUCUCCACAAAUACUCUCGCGAAAUUAUUCGGAUCCCAGCAGAAUUUGCUGUGGACGAAACGGAUCACCUGGGAUGCGUAUCCGAUCCUAGCCCCGCUCGUCCCCCGCUCAAGAUACGCGCCUACAAAGCUUGGGAAAAGGCUAUACUAUGUGAACGGAUUUGAAAGCCUCAUCAGUACCAUGGAAACUCAAACACUGGCUUCAUGGAACAUCGCCAUGGGUUUAUCGAAAGAAGUCUGGAACUUCAUUCCCCAAAAAAGCUGGGCCAAUUGA